CCCGAGAAAGGGAGAGAGUUUAGGCACCCCCUCGCUUCUUUCACUCAGUCCGCGGAGGGGAAAGGGUGACGGCGGCGACGACGACGAAUGGUCUCGCGGGGCUGCUCCCCGCGGUGGCGUCUCUCCGUCUCCUUACACCUCUUUCCUUUACCUCUUGGGUCCAGUCUGGUCCUGAGGAGAAGUCCUUUCCUCUCCGCUUUCCGUGUCGUGGGAGUGGCCUAGGUUUGCCUUGGCCUUGUCGUAGGGCAGGCGCGAUGGGAUGGGUCGCUCGCUCUCCUCGCGGCGCCAGCCCACGGUUGGCUGCCUAGAAUGCUAUCAGGGUGAUUCGCCCUCUUCUCGGGGUCGGCGGGUGACUCCGGUGUUUGUCUAGGAUGGCCUGAUCGUUUAGCCACUGAAAAAUCUCCAGUGUUGUGCGAGGGGUCGUAUGAUGGAUGAUCCUCCUUGCCUCAGAUUCUUCCCGGCCUUCAGGAACUCUUGCGAUUUUGCCAGAAGUUGCUUUGAUUGUUGAAGUCUCUGGUGUGCUUAACGUUUAAAGUUAAACUGAAUAGCUCUCUACUACGGCUUCUCCUAAGAAGAUCCUCACAAAGUUGUGAGGCUGGAAUAUAUUUAUAAACACAGAACGUUGUUCACUUUAAACGCUAAAGCUUCGUGCCUUAUCCAGAUCGACUUUGGGAUUUGGAAGCUUGAAUCAAUGUUAUCGGAUGAGUUAGAGUCCAAACCAGAGCUGCUGGUUCAGUUUGUUCAGAACACAUCUAUUCCACUAGGACAGGAGCUUGUGGAAUCGGAACCUAAAGAUAUUACCUGUUUGUCUCUCCUUCCUGUUACUGAAUCCCCAGAAUGCAACAGGCUGAUGUUGCCAGAUGACUCUCCAAGUCAUACUAGUUCUUCAAAGGAUCUCUCCUCUUCUGCUGUUUUGCGAAGCCUCCAAGUGAAUGUUGGCCCUGAUGGUGAGGAGACAAGAGCACAAACAGUACAGAAACCACCUGAACUUCUACCAAGCCCUGAUACUUCCAGCUUGUUGCAAGACCUCCAACCCACUGACAGCACUUCUUUUAUCCUCCUCAAUUUAACACGGACAGGCCUGGGUUCUCCCUCAGAGCACUUGGUGUUUGUCCAAGAUGAAGCAGAGGAUUCUGGGAAUGAUUUUUUCUCCAAUGAUAGCACAGACAGCAGUACCCCAUGGUUUUUACGAGUGCAGGAACUGGCCCAUGACAGUUUGAUUGCUGCCACUCGAGCUCAGCUCGCCAAGAAUGCCAAAGCAAGCAAUAAUGGUGAAAAUGUUCAUGUUUGCUCAGGGGACUCUCAGCCAAAAGAAUCCAGCCCCAUCCCUCACUUGCCCCGGGCGGAGAAAAAGUUGAAGUGUACAGUUGAAGGCUGUGACAGGACAUUUGUGUGGCCAGCCCAUUUCAAAUAUCACCUAAAGACCCACAGGAAUGACCGUUCCUUCAUUUGUCCAGCAAAAGAUUGUGGGAAAAGCUUCUAUGUCCUACAGAGGCUGAAAGUACACAUGAGAACACACAAUGGUGAGAAACCAUUCAUCUGCACUGAGCUGGGCUGUGGGAAACAGUUCACAACAGCUGGGAAUCUGAAGAAUCAUCUACGGAUUCAUACUGGGGAAAAGCCCUUCUUGUGUGAGGCUCAGGGCUGUGGUCGUUCCUUUGCUGAAUACUCCAGCCUCCGGAAACACCUGGUUGUCCAUUCAGGAGUAAAACCCCACCAAUGUCAAAUCUGUGGAAAGACAUUUUCUCAGAGUGGCAGUAGGAAUGUACACAUGAAGAAACAUCAUUCCCGAGUUGGAAUGGAUAGCAACAGACAGCAUGAACAACCAGAAUCGCUGAUGGGCAGUAGUUUGUUGGAAGAAUCUGAAGUGCAGAAUAAAACCCUGGGGUCCAUGAACUCCCCUCCCAGCCUUGAUGUAGAAUCCUUGCACUUGCCAGACACAGAAUCAAUUAUUGGGGUAAAGGAAGAGGUUCUUGCUGAAGCAACAACAAACUCUCUCCAUACUGCAUCUGAUGUGGUUUUGCCAUCUCAUCUGCUGCCUUUAUCAACAUCAAGGCACUCCUAUGGGGUGUCGUCUUUACUACAGUAAAUCUACAGCUACGAAAGGAAGAGCAAAUCAAUGAAGUAUUGAACGCAAGAUAUGACGCUAAAGAACAAGCUUGUGUGAUGUGCUUAAGAAGCCGUUUGGUACAUGAAUUCCCAGAGUUUGUGCUUUGCCUCUUGCUUACUACUUGUGACCUGCCAGACCAGAGGCCUGGAAUAUGGCUUUGCUUCACUCACUGGAAACUGUUAUCUGAAGAAUGAAUUCAGGAGCUGCUACUAAUGUCUGAACAAUGUGCUGUUCCUAUUGAACUUGGUGUCCCAAAAGCUGGGAGGAUAAUGCUCUUGGAACUAGUUCCAAGGUACUUUUUUUCCCUCCUGAAGCUGAUCAUAAGCUCAGUAUUAUAUUGGCUUGUUCUUCUUGGAGAAGUAUCUUUAGAUGGUAGUGAAUUCUGCAACAAAGCACUGCAGUUCUGUUCUUGCUUCUGAGUUAUUGGGUAGUUCUGUGGUUUCACUUUGAGCUAGAUCUUCCAAGCCUCCUUGCUUGGUGCAGAAACACUUGCUAAUGUGGUUUUUGCUCCAAAUUUAAGACCUGAUGUUAUUCAAAGGAUUGCUGCAGACAACUUUGCUUCUUGCUGUGAUUUUAAUUUCUGAUUAUUAGGGCUUGAUUUUUUUAAAAAAAAUCAGAGGUAGCAACUAUUUGGUGUUCUUCUGUUGUAAAUAAACUAUCUACUUCCAA